UCCUACACGUUUUACUUACGAAUGAGGCCUCUCCGAGGGACAGAAGAGACAGGUCAUAUAUGUCUGGAAAAAAGCCUAAUAAGAGGCUUGACAGUAGGAUUCGUUUGGAAAUAAAUUGUAGCUCUCUCACACGACCAUAAAUUAUGGAACCACGAAGUGAAGACCUUUCAGUUAUGCUGGACCUGAGUGACUGCAUAACGGGACCUCUCUCUCAGUUCGGGUGGUGUGAGCCUUGUCGAACCAAACAACAGGAAAUAGAUAAACUGAAAAAAGACCAAGCUAUAAAUGAAGCCAAUUUCAAGAUGCUGAAGAAGAAGAUAAUUGCAACAGAUCAGCUGUUACGACAAUACAAAGCCAAGUGUCUUGAGUGUGAAGAACAGAACAAGCAAAUUGAAGAGUGGGUUCGGAAGUACGAGAAAAAUCAAAGGGAGCUAACUGUUUUGGAGAGUCAGCUUAUGAAAUCACUUGCUGAAAUGGAACCAGUCAAACAGAUGAAAAAAGAGCUGGAGGAGAGACUAAAGCAAAAAGAAAAUGAUCUGGAAAUUUUACAAAGGAAGCUGGAUUCUGCUGAGCUGCUUAACAACCAGUACGAGGUGAGGUUGACUACCAUGCAACUGUCUUUCCGAAAUGACAUUCAAGCAUCAUCUGCUGAAGGGAAGAAGGUUAACUCCAUUGAACAGAGCAACAAGAAAUUAUCAGGAAGGCUACAAAAGGCAAAAGAUGAGAACAAAGCACUCCGAGUGGAGAUUACAAAAAGCCAGCGGCUGGUAAAGCGUUGCGAAAGUAGAUUGAAAAGAACAGAGGCUCAGCUUUCCAGGUACCUCAAGAUUCUGAAUGAAAAAGGUCUGCUGUCAGAAAACCAAGUGACCAGGGCUUUAGCAGCAGCAAGGCGACUUGACAAGAAAGAAGAUGGGAUGGAACAUUCCAACAUGAGUGACUCGUAUUCAGGAUCCGAUUUCAACUCUGACCUGGAGUCUGUGCUUGAUGAAGAUGAGGCCAAACAAUCUGUUGCAGACAGGAAUCAUUCUGAGCAAAAAGAUGACAUUAUUCAGGAUAUUGUAGAGGAAGCUGUUCAAAAACCUGCAGAGUCUGGUGUCUGUGCACAGCCAACCCCAUUGUCUUGUAAACCCCUGGCAGCAGGGAAAGCUUCCAGACAUGGAAAGGUACAUUCUAAAAAGCUGACGACUGCACCAAGUCCUGCAAAGUCAUUGUCUGCACAGCAUUCUGCAAAACUGGUUUCUUCCAGCCCCACAGCAGCACAGCUAGAGGAGAUGACACAUUUGUUUGCAGUGUUGCCGCCAGUACACUCACCUUUGCCUCUGAGUCCACUGAGAGAAGACAACAGCAAUGAUGAAAGUGAAGACAGUGAUAGCAGCGCAGGCAGCAGUGGUGACAUGUCAUUUGCCCACUCACCGCAUCAGUCUGUCAACUCAGAAGUUCCUAUUAUAAACCAGCAAACUUCUAAGAGAGAUGAGUCUCACACCUCGCCCCCCCUCAAACAGCUUCAAAGCAGCUCGUUGCAGUCUGUCACCAAGUCUUCUAGUUCUAUUUGUCUACAGGAAAAGGAGUGUUUAACCACUAUAAGUAACAAUGUUGGUCACAUUUGCCCACCAGAAAAAGAGCACAACUCGGAUAUAGAAUCAGCAACACAAGAAUUAAAGAGAAAGUCUUCUAAAAUAGACAAAAUUACUUCUCAGCAAGACAGGUCUUCCAUGUUGUACCCUGUAGAGAAUAAUUCUUUAUCGGCAAGUCAGAAGUCUGAUGGCAGUGUUUGUUUUGCAGUAGGAGCUAUCCAAGAGCUACGUUCUCCUUCCAGAGGAAUAACUCACCAAAUGUUGCAAGGAAGUUCAGAUUCUGAGCCUGACAAAUUAGACAGCCCGAAGAAAAAUAAAACUGAAACAAGAAAAUCAACCAUUAUACAGGAUAAAGAACACACUGUGGAAUUUAGAGAAAGAACAACAGAUGUUGAUCCCUUGCUUGCUGGGCAGACAGUUUGUGCAGAAUUGGGUAGUGAUUUGAAUUCAGAGAAUGUUCAGGAACCUCAGUCUUUGUGCACAAUAACCCCUUUUUCAGUUGGCAUGAACACACCAGAAUCUAAUUUUGAUACUGGAGUUAGUUUGCAAGCAACAUCAAAGCAGUCAUCUUGUGGAAAAACUUCAAAGAUAAUAGUGCAAGGCCUGCAUGGCAAAAAAGUGACAGAUCAGGGUGAAUUUUCUAAUGUGAAAAAUGGUGGUUUCUGCAAAAGUAAGAUAUUUUCCUCUGAAUCUGAGAGUGAAGCUGAAGCUGUGGGCAAAGAGAAUGUUACAGAUGAUUGUGAAGGUUUUUUAUAUUCACCUGCAGAUGUUGGUCAUGCUCCAGGUCAUGUAGCAACUGUUUCAAAAGGAAAAGAAAGCAGCAUUCUGACAGAGAAGGUGGCCACAAAUAUGAAGAGCCAACAUGAUUUGUCUGGAAAUAUCUUGAUGGGUGGUGGAAACGAUACAAAACUUAAAAAGAAAAGACACAUCAAGAAAAUAUUUGAUGAAAAUGGUUAUAAUGCAGAUGCACAAGAAAAAAAUAUAUGUGAAUACAAAAGUUUAUCAUCCAGGAAACUUUCAUCCUCUAGAAAAUCGCCUAUGUUGUCUAAAUUGUCUCCUGACCCAAAGAUUACAACAUUUGAGCAGUCUUCUUUAGCAAGCAAAGACCUUUCUUUGUCGGAUUCUUCUUCAAAUUAUGACACAUCGUCUUUAUCUGACUCAUCAGCAUCUGAUGUUGAAGAUGAAUCAAAGGUUCCAUCCACGAAAUCUGGUGCAAAAAAGAAGAAAAUUGUUCAGAAGAAAUCUUUAGGCUUCGAAUCAUCCAAAAAACCACAACAAAAUUUAAUGCGGCAAAAGCAAGUUUUACAUAGAUCCAAACAUCAGUCGACAGAACUUUACUGCCAGCAAGAGGACUCCCCUGACAAGAUGUUGAACAGCAAACAUCACAGGAAAAGAACAUCCUCUGUUUCAUCGGGAAGUGAUGAGGAAGACAUAGCAGCUCCUGAUACUUCAAGGUUGAAAAAAGAUACAUCUAAGCAGUUAUCUGUCAAUUCUGAAGGGUUUGAGCUUUUUGAUAGAGCUCAACUGAGCAUGUCGGAUAGUGAUGAUGAGAAUAUAGGGAUAGAUAAGCAGCAUCUACCAAUUCUAGAUGGAGUGCAACUUGCGUCAUCCAGUAACAGAGAUGAUGUUGAUAAAAAGAUGGAGAAGGUUUUUGUAUCUGAUCAGACGCUUAGUUUGUCUCCUGUCUGCAGUGAGAAUGUAGAGACACCUAAAGACUGUUUGACAAAGCAUAUAUUCAGUGAGGUGCCUGUUUGUGUAUCUAAAAGUCAGGAUGAAAAGAAUGUCACUAGAGAUGAACUGUCAUCCUCAGAAGUCUCGUUUAAUGAAGAAGUAAAAUCUGCCAAAAAACAUCCAGACAAAGUUUGUGAGGGUGCAGUCUCAGGACAGGAGGAUACAGUACAGGAGGAGCAUGUACAGUAUCAUAGUGCUGCUGUCUUUUCAAUGACACCAUGUGAAAAUUCCUCAGACCAUAAUAUUCCAGCUGAAGAAGAUGUAAGGAUUAAUAAGAAAAUGGUAGAAGGCACAACAACCAGCCAGAUGAAGACCUUGAAAAGAAAACUGUCCAAGACUGAUGACAUUGGUGCAGUGAAGAAAGCAGCAAAAGAAGCUCUCUUGGAAGAAAACACAGAAAGUGUGUGUGGUCUUUUGUUUGCACACAACUGGCAGCCUUGCUCUGAAAUUUGUGUCAGGGAGAUUGAAGAUGACUGUCGUAGAGAGCAGCCCAGCAUAGUUCAAGAACUUGUUCGACCACGAGCUCAGUUCUCUCAGCCACCUUCCUCUUUGCUCGCUCAUGCUGCCCAGUCAGCUAAAAGCACAUCCACCAUUGUCUCUUUAGAGACAGACCCGCAGAGGCCAGCUAGCAGACAGCUGCAGGAAGGGGAUAAUUCUGAUGCUAAAAGUUUGGAGGAUGAUUCCAUCAGUGCAAGGGGACCAGCAAGCCUCACAUUGGGUGCAGAAGCAAAGGAGAAGGGCAGUGCACUCUGCCAUGAAAAUACAGAGGUAAAUCAUGCAUCGCCACAUUCACAAAAAGAGAGAUGCGUCGAUUUGUUUGACGGUCAUGAAAAAGAUACAGCACAAGUUUCAGUUUCCAGUAGUCCAACAGUGGCAACACCUCAGUUGGUGCCAGAAGUGAUGCAUACCUCCCAGUCAGCUGAGGGGAGUUUCAAUAUAUCCAAGGAAGCACUAGCUGUGAUGGAGUCUGCAGAACUAAAAGUAGUGUCACCUGAAGCAAAUUCUGCACCUCUGAACUUGCCAUCAAACACAGUUAUGACUCAAGCUUCAUCAUCUGGGAAGAUGAAACCCAGUAUAGGACUAGGGACAGAAGAACCUGCAAACAGCUUAUCACUGCAGUCUACCAGAGUGUUAUCAACAAAUGUGUCGGAAACUUUACCACUUCUGGCAUCAGAAUGUGUUUCACAUGCUCCAACAUCUCCCCUAUCUUCCUCCAAGUUGAAUACCUGUGUGGGAGAAGCUGUUGCGACCAUUAAACUCCCUGAGUCUGCUGAGAUCUUACCAACCACUGCUUCUGACAAAACAGCAUGUCUGCCAGAGCAUCAUUGUCCAGCCUCACCACAAAUUACUUCUUCCACAAGAGAGAGUGUGCAGUCUGACACUGCGUGUGCUGCAGGAAAGAAUGUGCAGUCAGACAGUGCAUGUACCAUUUCCAACUUCUCUUCUGCUCCAGCAGUGACAUCAGCCCCUAGUGAAAAGUUCGUGAUUAGCGAUUCAUCUUGUGUAAAAGCUGCAGCAGACAACUCUCUGGCUUCAGUCUUGCCGUCUGGUCUUGUGACAAGCAUGUUUUCUGAACCACAUGUCUCAGCUUUUUACUCUCUGAAAUUAGAAACUUCUAAAUUAGCAUCAAGUCUCUCAGUUCCUGGAGAAGUGUCUGAAAUGUCUGCUUCAGAUGUCCAGAGACCACCAUCCAAGUCCUUUAAAAGUUGUCAUCAAACUCCCAGAGGUAUGCUGCAGUCGUGUGCAGAAAAUAUGCAUUUGUUCACAUCCAGCAGCUGUGAUGAAGCUAAUAAUUUUACCAUGGAGCAGCAUACACAGGGUGCAUCUGAGACACGUGCUGUAACACAGAAGGCUUCUGAGGAUUGUGUUCAGUCACUGUCUGCUGGGAAGGAUAUCAAUGCAUCCAGCAGCCAGUCUUUAUUUUCAACGUCUGCCUUGUUGAAGGAUGGACCUGCAGAAACAUGCAUUGAAAGAUUAGGCAAGUCUGUGUCACCUGCAUUGCCAGGUGCAUCUGAAGAUGUGCUUACGAGCGUAGUUUGUGCUGCCAACACCAUUAGUAAUGUAGUCCAGCAUGCCAGUGCUGUGCACUUGGAAGAGGCACCAGAAUCUGAGAGAGAGCAGCAGUUGCUUGACGUGUGCUUAGAGUCUGAUGUGCAGCACAUCUCACACCUUGGCACUGGAGAGCCUGCUGUAUCACCCGACAUUCUACCAUUGCCUGAAUUCUCAGCUCCAGAGAUAUGUCACACCAAUACAUUCCCAGCUUUUGGUGAGAGAUCAUCAGAUGUUGAUGUUACAGCAGCCAGGACUAGCACUUUACCUCCAGCCAAGGAUGAACUGAAGGAUUUGUUUUCUUCUACAAGUUUCAAGUGGAUUGCAAAUGUCCCACACCUCUUGUCUCCCCUCCCGGUAUCUCCCAGACCAUCUAAAACCCACAAAAGAGAGACUUUUAAGAACCAGAACUCUUUGCUGUUUCCAUCAGAAAAGUUGGCAAAGUCUUCCCUGCUGUCCAUCAUCUCCCCUCUGUCACCUGGUUGUGACGAGGCUGAAGGGAUCCCAGACCCUAGCAAUAUUUUCAGUGAUUAUACUACAGCUGCUUCUAAAGAUGCAUCUCAGUCUAGAAAAAAAAGGAAGCAGAACCAUCGACAGAAGAAGACUGACAGUUUGCAGGGUGGGUCUGUUGUUGGGACUAACAUGCUACCUGCUCCAUUAUAUGCAAAUGCCACUUCAGGAACAUUUGACCACAAACUUGACCACCUGAAGGUCACAUCAGCAGUGUCCACGGCAGUGGGGAAAAGGAUAUCAAGAGUAGCCUCGGUAGGAGCUUCUAGUAGCCAGAUGGUUAAGCCUGGUGAGAUUUUCAAGAUGUCUUCAAGUAAAAAAGGAGACUCAUCAGCAGUAAUACCACUGUGCAGCAGGAAGAAUCCCAUUGAGCUGGCCAGACAACAGAUGGAGCAUCGGCACCAUCAGCUACAGCUUCAGGCCAAGAGUAAAAAAUCUACAGUUAAUCUGUCUGAGAAGCAAAGUGAUCCACCCAUCAGACUGUGCAAACGACAAACGACUGAUCAGAUUUCUGCACCACCUCCAAUAAAGAAGUUGGAGACAGACAGAAUUGUGGCUGGAAGCAUGGAAGAAAAAAUUCAAGAUUUGCUGGUGGAGUUUUACCAUGACAGGUCUACAGCUGCUGAACCUAUUAUUGUCAGCCUUCAGCAGAUAGCAGUGGCUGAAAAGUACUGGCCAGUGGUCAUCAACACUGUGUGCAAGCUGUUAGGAACAUGUGAUGAAGACCUCCAGGCCAACAUUGUACAAGCCUGCACCGGAAGACGUCUCAGUGUGUCUGAUAAGAAAAGACUUGCACAACAGUCAUUUCUUGCUGCUGCUGAAAUCCAUCUUCUCCAUCUACUGUUGAGACUCAUGGAGACAGAAAGUAUGUGCAAGAAACAUCAGCUGAUGGAAGGGCUGUGGAAUAAGAUUUUCACUCAUGAUAACAUGCAGAACAUCCAGCGGGCAGCUUUAUGUCGACUGUAUGUAGGGCUGUGUGGUGCAGAAGGAAACAUUGAACAGGCCCGGGUGCUUGGUUACUGGGUUGUGCGGUGCCGUUAUCUCUCCUAUGUCACUCUCAUGCUUACCGUGACUGCUGCCUGGCCUGCAGCUUUCAGCAGAAGUGGGACAGAAAGCAUUGGUGUGCUGACAGUGCUAGAAUACAUCAUUAUGACAGCCAUCCAGGCAAGUCCUGCAGUAGCCAAGCUUGGCACCUGUUUGGAGAACCUGUGUGGCUGGGUCUCUUCAGUCCAGGAGCCACAGCAUGUGCUGGCCAGCCUGGUUGCAGAACUUCAAGUGCAGGUGAAAAAUGGAGACACAAGCAGAGUCAGUGAACUGAGUAGGAGCAUUGAACUCUUGUGUUCCUCUAAAAAUGCUGAGUGGAUAUGGAGCAGCUUUGUGGAGCGUCCAGUGCGCUCAGCAUCCAUGAAAUGGAUUGCCAAGGGGGCAGCAAGUGAUGUCUCUCCUGACUACCUAGUCUGUCUUUUGAAUCUUAUAGGAAGAGUAGUAACACCAGAAUUACGGACUCGUGCUAAAUCUUUGGAAGCAUUUGUCCGGCAGUGUAUGCGACCACUAUUGGCCACAACCUCAGGUAAUCCCUUGAUUGUGGAGAGUUGUGUUGAGGCCAUGCUAAAUUUAAGUCCAUUUAAACCGGCCUUUAUCUUUGAUAUUCUACACACUUGGUACUUGACAAGCAAGGACACAGUGUCAAAGGAACUGCUGCAGAAACUGUCGGCGGUGCGAAACACGAUCAAAGCUCGGGCACCGUACUUGAGCAUUGACACUUUCACCUGAAGACCAGCUCGGGGUGUGUGUGUGUAGGUUAGAUGCAAGGCUUUUGAUGGAAGACAGUGUAGAGAUCAAAAGCCUUUUCAUUGAAGACUGUGGAAGCUUGUAAGCUUUUUACUAGAAGCAGUGUUUUAAGACACUGUAAGCCAACUUGAGCAAAAGAUGCUUACGUUGUGUAUAUAAGACUAUUAGACUUUUGCCAAAGUCUUUCUUGGGCAGCUUGUAGAAAAAUGUGUGCACUUGUGUGUGUGUGUGUGAAAAAACAUUGCAUUCUAAGACUCGAAUAUUUCUUUAAGGUUUUCAGGCUGUGAACAUCAAGUAAGAUAAUCUAGGAGACAACAAGGAUUUCGUUUUGUUUGGGCCAAUGAGUCUCUUUUCAGCAGGGAAGGCCUUUCAGUGUAGUGUAGAUGCCUCAGAAGAACAUAAUACAGUUCAUCAAAGGCAUCCAUAUUGCACAUUUGUCAAGUAUUUAGACAUGCCCUGCUUCCCCUUUUGAUUUGUUGCUGCUAAGUGGAAAUAUUUAGAAGUAGUCCUCAUUGUCGUGGAUGCUUUUGAUGCCAUGCCAUUGUGUCUGGUAUCUGAGAAGUCCAUGUCUCCGUAGGAGGAAGCCUCUGGUUGUGGCCAGGCUAUAAUCAGACAAUGCUGUGUGCACCGAAUCAGAGGAUUUCUGUGGAAACUGUAUUAAAUAAUGGAUAAUUGUGCUUACUGGCAGGAAUUUUUGCUGUUAAACAGAGGGCAGACUAUAGAGCAUCAGAGAUGUAAACAACAGCUACCUCCUCAAAAGAUAAUUCUGUGGGAUCUUUUGGAGACUAUCAGGACCGUUUUUCUGUUAGAAAGAGUGAAGAUUCAGAAUGAUGCAUCAGCAGACGUUCAGUAUUUCCAGGUUAUUGCCCAUGUUGGUGCUGUGACAAGCUUUCUAUUUGCAAAAGCUGUGACAUUUGUCUUGCGAAUGGAGAAGGCUUGAAGAUUUUAUAUAAUUCUGUGAUAACACCAUGUGCAGUAAUAAAAAAUUAAUGAA